UUCAAGCAAUGCGGCCAGUUUUCUGUUGGAGAUGGGGCGGCAAAGCGAAAUAAUCAUCUGGCUGGGCUAUGUGCUCCUCCUUGGAACGUCAGUUGAGGCCUGGGAGCAGGAUAAGAGUGUAUUUUCGGCCAAUAAAAGGAUAAUGGACCGGACCCUGCGCGUUAUGAAUAAAACAGAGGACCCCUGCGGCGAUUUCGAAGAGUAUGCCAUGGGAAAAUAUGGAUCAAGUUAUGACUUGUACACAAUUUUCGAUUUCCGUUCGGCGGUGCUGGAGAAGAUGGACCCCAAGUUCCUGGCACUGUUCGAAAAACUCAAGUGCGGCAACUUCGAAAGGGGAAGUCUGGAGGAGAAGGCUCUUAAGUUGUACAGUGCCUGUGAAAGGGCUAUGGAGAAGGAGCCAGACCUUAACUAUGCUGGCUUAGUGCAGCCGGAUGUCAACCUCACCUGGCCAGAUGGCACUCAGUGGCCAGGAGCGAAAUUCGAUUGGCUAGUGACCCUUGGACGACUACGUCGAUUUGGCAUGGAUCUGCUCUUUCGAAUGAGCCUAGAGUUGGAUCACCAGGAGACCAGCAAGUAUAUGAUAUCCCUGGGCUCCCAUGAUUUUGUUUUGUAUGAGUUGUACUCCAUGUGGGUUGAUGUGGAGUGGCUAGUGAGUCGGGGAUUCAACAGGAGUCGAGCUGAGUUCUUGUUGAGAGAUAUGAACAAGCUACGAAUGGAUAUAGGAAAAAUGCUAAAUCGGGGAAGAUUUGAUAGGUCCCGAAUGACCAUUCAGCAGCUGGAAAGUGAGGGAUUUCCGGUAGGAAAAUACCUAGAGAUCGUCUUCGCUCGCUCUUUUCCUCCAAAUUUCGUAGUGCUUGUGGACUAUUUGGAAUACCUGGUAAAACUCAACCAAAUAAUGCUCUCCUACGACCCAGAAACUGUGGCUAUCUAUCUAAUGCAGAUUUUUGACAACUACAUGAGAUCCUCUCAUCGCAUUGAAACAUUUAGGCAGUAUGAUUUCGUAUGCGUGCGGUUUUUGAAAAACUCUAUGAAAUCUGUCAGCUAUCUACUCUACGAGGAGCACUUUUUGGGCCAGCGGAAAGUAAAGGAAUUCGACGAGCAAGUUCAACGGGUUUUUGAAGCGAUUCGGAAAGAAUUCAAACUAAGACUAGAUAGGAACCGCUUAAAUCUCACUGCCUCCCACAUAACAUCACUAAGAAAGAUCUUGGGCUCCAUUACUGUGAGUGUGGGCAAUGUGCCCAAGAGCCAGGGAUAUCGUCGCUACUUAACAGACGUUUAUUCCAACGUUAAUCUGGAAGAAGACGACGAUUUGGCCACUAUCCACUUGAAGGUCUUGGAACUGGAAACCCAUCUUAAGCUGCAGAAAUUGGAGGGUCUUGAACUCACCGAACCCUACCCGGGAUAUGAAGAGGAGGCCUUUCUGGUGGGCAAUGGAACCUCUAUCGUACUGCCGCUUCCUCUCAUGGAGGAGCCCUUUUUCACUACCCAUGGUCAUGACGUUUUUAAGGUGAGCUUGCAUGGCUUUCUAAUUGCCAAGCAAGUGUUGUCGGCUCUAUUUCCCCAUCCAAAACUGCCUUCAGCCGCUGGCUGCCAGAAAUACAAUGAACUGGUGGGUUUAUUUGAUGACCUGGCAAUCCAUGAAGACCAUUCCGGGUGCAUCAGUCCGCGAGAAAGCGAGAUGACCAACUGGAGGGACAUCAUCGUUGUGCUACUCAACAUCGUACAGGAUGCAUACUUUUCCGAGGGAUCAGGCUUUGAGCAGACGCAGCCCAGCUUUACUGAAAAGCCCCUAAAACAACUUUUCUAUCUGCAUUUCGCCCAGAAUCAACUCAGUAGCAUGUUUUACUAUACCUAUAAGCUAAAAUUCAGACCCUUUAAUCCGUUGCUUUACUUGCCCACUUUUGUAGAGGCGUUCAACUGCUCCAUCGCUGAGUAAAUCAUAAACUUAGGGAGUGAUGUUUAAAGAAGACAUAAUAACUAACUAAUAAAAACUUUCUUAAAUAUUUAUGUAUUCUCUCCAUUUUAAAAGCUUAUAUGUAUUUGUACGUAAUAUUACAACACUUAAAUACAUUUUUUGUAAGAA